AAGUGAAAAAAGAUCUUCUAAGAGGAUUACGUAAAAAUGAAGAAGAUAUAUUUUAUUAUAUAGUCUCGAAAGGAAACCCAGACCUUGGCUUGAGUUUUGAUGUUGAUGAUAAUUCCAUUUCAAUUCUGAAACUUCGUCCAUUUAAGAACAAUACCAAUGCGCAAUGGAAAGUUCUACGAAUUGAUAAUUCUGAUGAUUAUCCAUCGGUAACAGAUAAUUCACCAAUAAAAGAUGUUGUUCUUGUAAACAAAGGAACUGGCAAGGCCAUGAAAUAUCGAAACAAAGAAAAAGGGACGGAAAUUACUCAAGUUGAUCUUGCAGAAGCUGACAAUAAUUAUAUUUUGUGGUCAAUUGAUAGCAAACAAAAUGAUGGCGCCCGAGCUGUACACCCGAAUAAUAAUGAAUCUAUGGUUCUAGAUGGUUGGACUGCUAAACUUGUUGAUGGUUGCGAGAAAAUGGGGAAAUUCAUAAUUAGAGAGUGGGCUGAGCUUAUUUCAAAGCCCAUUACUUUUGGGGCUCGAGAACAAAAAGUCUUUAAUCAUGUUAACUUGCCUGCGGUAAAAGAUGAGCUGUCAAUUACUUUGCGGCUGAAACUUGAAGACUAUGCUUCCGACU